GGAAGACAUCACAAUUUCUGUUGACAAGAUCGUGUCAACAGAGCACCGUCUAGGAGCUUCAUCUUCCUUUACUCUAACAGCCAUGAAAUCCUGGAUUUGGAUGAGCCUAUUGGCUCUAAGCCACGCUAGGCCCGACAAGCUUCCUUCACCUCCUUCUCAACUCUAUGAUGCCCCCGACAUUUCUCCCCCCGCGCCUGCACAAAUAUUCAGUCCUGCGCCUCCUCCACCCAGUGGCGGUUACUCGGCUCCUCAGGCACAGUUUAAACCGUCUCCUAGUCUACCCCAAACACCAAGUGGUUUAUAUUCCCCGCCUUCCCAACAAACACCCAUACUGCCACCAAGCCCCCCACCUCGACCAAGUCCUCCGGUAGCUCCCUCCGGAUUGUAUGAAGCUCCUCAAACAGAUUUAUCAGCUCAAUCUGUAUCAGUAGGAGGUGGAUAUGGUGGAUCAUCAUCCGUCAGCAGUGAAGUUAACGCCGUAAGCCUCGUCGAUUGUCCAGAAGGUCAAGCCGACCGAGGAGACGGCACAUGUGCCCCUGCUACAGUUUCCAGAAACCUGUACCUGUACCGUGUUCCAGAGAGCAAAGUUGAACUAGGUGCUGCUGGUGUUCUCCCUAACCCUAAAGUACACUACAACUUCGUGUUCAUCCGCACCGCCGACCAGGCUAAUGGCAGGGCACCACUAGUUGCUCCGGCCGCUCAGCAGAAGACUUUGGUUUAUGUCCUCAACAAGAAGCAAGCAGCGGAAGCUCAGAAGGUUAUUCAACAAGGCGGUAAGCCCACUCAGCCUGAAGUGUACUUUGUCAACUACAAGGAAGGUGACAACCUGGACUUACCAGGAGGUGUGGACCUUCAAACGGCCCUCAGUCAGUCCAUCCAGCAAGGGGAGGUGGUCGAUAACCUAGCAGAUGUUGGCUCGUCCUUCCCUGGGGGCGUUAGCGGUGGUGUAGUUACCGAUGGAGCUGCCGUUGGAGGAUAUGUAGGAGGAGGAUACCAGCCUGCCCCUGCCCCUGCCCCAGCUCCGGCCCCAGCCCCGGCCCCAGCCCCGGCUCCGGUCUCAGCAAGUGGAGAGGUCCAGAGUUCUGGCGUUAAAGGAUACAACUAUAACAUGCACUCAUUCAACCAUCUUUGCAUAUCUGCAAGCUCACGCUGCCAUGCAACACCUUCUCCUAUAAAGCUUUCCCUCUCACGCUGCUCCGCUCAAUUGCAGCUGGCGAGUCUUCGCGACAUGAAGCUCUCUGUUCUUAUGGCGCUGCUGUUCGCCACAGCAUCGCGAGUGUCUGGUGAGCGGUUCUCUUACAACGUUCCUCAUGAACCUCAUCUUCAACAUAACUUCAUCGACUCCCACACUUUUGACAUUCAUCAGCAGUUCGGGAGCCUAUGCAGUGAAGGGGAGGCUAUAAAUGCAGAAGGUCGAUGCGUCCCAGCCAAAAUUACGAGAAAUUUCUUCGUUUUUAAAGCUCCUCCAACUCCAAAUUUUCCUAUUGGUCCUCCACUUCGACUACCGGAUCCAAAAAUCCACUAUAAUUUUGUCUUCAUCCGAAGCCCCGAGACAGUUGGAAAUGUGAAACCCAUCGUGGUACCUCCCCCGCAGCAGAAGACACUCGUCUAUGUCCUGUCCAAACGGCCUGGCAUAGCGGAUCAGGAGGUCAUAGAAGUUCCUUCACAACCUGUACAGCCAGAGGUGUUCUUCGUGAACUACGCGCCUGGUGAUGACGCUGAACUACCAGGCGGAGUGUCACUGCAAGAUGCCCUUGGGCAGUCUGCCAUACAAGGUGAAACUAUUGACUCUUCUUCUCAUGGAAAAUUUGGGUCCAACGAUCUUCUGCAUGGUGGAUCAGGAAAUACCCUCGGACAAAAUGACCACCAGAUUGGCGGAUCAGUAAAUACCCUGAAACAAUUCGGAUUAAAUCACCAAGUACACGGAGGAUUCGAGAAUACUCAUCAGACUCUUGGGUCCAACAGCCUCUCGGGAUCUUAUGGGGCAGGAGAUGACAGUCAAAAACAAACAAAUUUCAUCCACGAGCCCACGAGACCGAGACCGCGUCUGGUUCCUCCCCGCAAGCGGCCUGGACAUGAAAAAACCAGUUUCGAAGACAUCCGCGCCCCCGACCCCAUCGACAUUCUACCUCCCGCCCCUUUUUACCCUAAGGUAUAACUAGUUUUUUAUCCAUCACCGAAACUCGAUCUGAGCCACUUUCAAGUAUCAUGAACCAGAAUGACUAUUACAAUACUAUGUUAUUUCGUUCCCUGUAUUUUUAGAGACCGAAGUGAAGGCUUGCAACGAAUAGCAUUCAAGCACAAUUCCAGCACAUCUGUCACGCGUGAAUCAAGCAUUCCGGCAAGGCAUCACAGUAGCAACGGCAGGCACAAUUGCCACAGCGCGGAGACAAUUGUUACUGUGUGCAGAAUUGUCAGUAGUCGUAAUUCCCACUGCGUAGCCUUCACUAACAUCUUUGUAUGUAAAAUUGCCGAUACGGUUUGUUACAGCUACGACUGUAACAAUUAUCUCUAUGGGCACUAGUGACAUUGUCUUCACAAUUGCCACUGCAGCACAAAUGCGACUGCGGGAAAUUGUCUACAUGGGCGGUGUUGCCAUUGUGGUCGCAAUUGCCACUGUGGCACUAAUGAGACAGUGGCCAUUAUCGAUAUGAGCGGUGGUGACAUUGUAUUCACAAUUGCCACACAUUGUCGAUAUGUGUGGUGUUGCUAUUGUUGUCGUUAUUGCCACUGUGGCACGAAAGAGGCUGUUGCACUAUUGUCACUAAGGCGCUGUGGCAUCUUUGGGCACUAACUCUACUGUAAGUCCAAUUGCCAAGAUGACAAAAUUGUUAUCAACACCAACCGUUCAUUCGUGAAUAGAUGGCAGUUUGGUUGCCAUUUCCUGCCCUUGGAUGGCAGCUAUCGGGCAGCAAAUUAGUUUUUUAUUGUUGUAAUAAAUAUUAAAUAAAC